AUGGCGUUCAAGACAAUCAUAGGACUCUAUAUUUGUGUUAUAAUCUUUUGUGACACUACCAAGGGGGAUAACCAAUUGAUAAUUGGGCAAAUCGAAGGCUUAAGACGAGAGAUAACCAAUGCAUUUUUAGAAUUAGAAAUUCAAAUUCGCAGGGAAGAAUCGGAAAUACAACGAUUAAUGGACAAGUCGCCAGUGGCUACUGAAAUAAAGUGUGGUAAUGAAACUCUCAAUGGUGACGAUUCUGAUAUAUUUUCCACCAAAGUAUGGAAUUUAAAACAAAUCGCAAGUCGCUGUCAUGUUAGAGUUAAUAAAAUCAGGAAUAAAGUCAGAAAUGUGGAGAAUGUUUUUAAAUCCAAGCAUGAGAAGAAGACGUUGAUAUCAGAUCUAGAGAAAUUGGAGUCUGAUUACCGAGAGGUUGUUGAAGAUCUUGACAUCAAGAAGGAAGUAGUAUCGAAUUCUGAGCUGAAACUAUCAGAGAUCAGAGAUCAAUUGUUUUAUUUGACACACAUAGAUACUAGUACCAUGAGAUACCUUCAAACUCGGUCACCAUGGAGACCAAAUCUAGUUAAAUUGGAACACAGAAGGCUAAAGCUGCGCAUUUCCGGAUGUCCCAACUGGAUAGUAGAUUGUUCUAUAAAUGACAUCACCUCUUUAGACGACGACAGUUUUGUUGUGACGUAUACCAACCAGACGGCUCUCCGACGAUUCAAUUUGGACGGUCUGCUGCUUUCUGAAUUCAAGUUCCCGUGGAAUCUGGAAGGUGUAACCGCCAUAAAUGAAACCCAUGUGAUUGUUGGAGCUCCUGGUAAAAGAACUCUGAUCAUUCUAUCCGUGCCUGGAGGAUUCAAAGUUACUGGUCUGAUACUCUUAGAGGAACCAUGCGGAUCGGAUAUUGAUCAAACCCCGGCUGGAUUAUUUCUCGUCGGAUGUCGCAAUUCGUCAACGAUACGAGUGUACAAUCCAAAAUGGCAACUGCAAGAUGUUCUUCAACAAGAUGAUGGUAAACUUUUAGGUUUGCUGACCCGUAAUCAGUCUGAAGAAGCAAAAAAUCGACUCCUUCCCAAAAGCCCAAAAGGGUGCAGUUUGGGAUGA